AUGAAGCUUUUCCCUAGACUGCAGCAACCAGGACUAAGCCCAAACUCAGUGUGCAAGCUUGAGAAGUCCCUGUAUGGUCUAAGACAAGCAAGCAGGAAAUGGAACUUAAAGUUAACCAAAUCUCUAAAAUCUGCUAGUUUUAUCAAAUCAGAAUCUGAUCACUCUUUGUACACUAAGCUCACCACUCACGGUGUCACCAUUAUUAUGGUAUACAUAGAUGAUUUGGUACUCACAGGAGACGACCUUGCUAAGAUUGAGUCUAUCAAGCAACUGCUAGAUCAGAAGUUUAAAAUCAAAGACUUGGGUGAUGUCAAGUAUUUUUUGGGUAUGGAGGUAGCUAGAUCUUCGAAGGGUGUUCAUCUAUGCCAAUGCAAGUAUACCAUGGAUAUCCUCAAAGACUUCGGAUUCUUGGAGUGCAAACCAGACAUUGCCUAUGCCAUGGAAAGGCUCAGUCAGAUCAUCGAUUGUCCCACUAAUGUUCAUAUGCAAGCAGCUUAUUCUGUCUUGAAAUAUUUGAAAGGUUGUCCCGCUGUUGGCCUUCUUUUCUUAGCAGACAAUGAUCUUACUCUUACUGGAUUUUUGGAUACAGAUUGGGCAACAUUUGCUGACUCUCGCAAGUCAAUUAGUGGUCACUGUUUUUAUCUUGGCAAGUCGUUGAUUAGUUGGAAGAGCAAGAAGCAGAGCACAGUCGUGCGAUCCUCCUCUGAAGCUGAGUAUCGAGCACUGGCACUUGCAACUUGCCAAGCACAGUAG